AGCCUUUUCAGUUUCCAAGGGUUUUACCAUAUAUUCUCCGGCGGCGGGUGCUGUUUAGACAAACAGGGAGUUAAGAGACGACGGAGAUGGAGGAGGAGGGGGACGCUUUGCAGUCGCAACAACAAGUGGUACAAGCUCGCCAUAUCAAGAAGAGAUCUCUCAAGAACAAAGCGCUUUCUGUUUCCUUCAAUGAAAAGGACCUCAGUGAUUUUGUGACUGGGUUUCACAAGAGAAAGAAGAAGAGGAGAAAAGAAGCUCAAAGUCAACAACAAGAAGCUUUAAGACGCAAGCGUAUUGAGCUCCGCAAAAAGAGAAAACUAGAAAGAGAGUAUGUUAUAUAUAGUGGAGCUCCACCUGGUCAAGAUGGUGAAGCUAAUGAAAAUGGUGAAGUCAAAGAAGCUGAAGCAGACGAAGAAGAUGAAGAAGAAGAUGAUGAUGAUGAACAUCUAACAUCAGUUUCUGGAACAAAAGUGUAUGACACUGGUAGUGUGAAGGUCAUGGUGACAACGAGUGAGAUCUCUCGAGAAGACGACGCUUUGAAUGGAAACCUAGUAGCUGGUGAAAUACCCAAAUUGCCCCUAGGGUCCGAAAAGAAGGUGAAUUUGCCAGUGAUCAAGAAGAAGCCGAUGAAGAGAGUUGAGAAAAAAAGAUCACGUCCCAAGACUCAAACCAAAAGAGAUAAAAGAAAGGGUAAGAAGGUUGAAAAGAGACGUUAGUAUAUGCAAAAUUCUCGUAUGUAAACCCUGAAAUGGUUGUUAAUUUAUUUUUGUUCUUUCUGACAAGUACAACUUUUUAUGCACUGUGUACAAGAUGUGCAUUCUUUUGCUAUUGUUUAUGUUACUCACACUGCAAUGUGGAAGGAGAUAUAAAUCAGAUCUACUUAAGUUGUAACACAUGUAUGUGGAUUGGUCAUCAGAUGUUAAAGAACAAUCAUCUAUGCAUGAUGUACAUCAUAUAAAAAGUUGGUUGGUAGAGUGGUUUUUUUUA